UGUGGCUACCUGAAGAGGACAUUAAAUUAAUUCAUCUCCGAAGCAAGGGAUGGCAAUGGCCCGCGAUCAGCCGAAUGCUACCUGGGAAAUCGCAAUCGUGUUGUCGUCUCCGAUACAAAGGCCACCUUAAUCGAUCUCCACAAUGGACUGAGGAGAGAAAAGAUUCUCUUUCACGAGAAUACGCAAAGUUAGCUCCGGGAGCAUAUAUGGUCGAUGAUAGGAGAGAAAUCAGGCAUUCCCUGGAGAGCAGCGGAGGCUAUGCAUUAGCAUCUAGGGGAGCAGGAGAUAGCACGUCGUGCUCAACGAGGAGCGUCGCGGCACGCGCGCUGCGGACUAGGGUGCGAAAGACGCUUCAACCAAAGGGGAAGGAAGAGUGA